AUGGCCCCGAACAAAUUGCCGAGCACUUUGUUGCUGCUCAUGAGCCUCUCUGCAACCCUGACCUUGGCACAAUUCGUUCCAGCAUCUCCACCAACUGCCACGGUGCCCAUCGUUUCGGCCUCGUCUCCGUGGCUGACGACUGCAACCCCAACGUCUGAUAUUGCCUAUCAUCCGAGCCCUGCCGCCUGGUCAACGGGAGCCAAGAAGUUUCCAUCUUACUUUGGGGAAGCAAAGAUCGCCCACGCGGCCUUGGGAGCUGUCGCGUUCCUUCUAUUCUUCCCUCUCGGUGGUAUCAUCGUCAAAGUUUGGCCGCAUCGUCACAUUGUCUGGAUUCAUGCGGCCAUCCAGGCCUUCGGACUGGCCGUCUUUGUGGCCUCAACAGGCCUCGGGAUAUGGAUGGGCUUGAAAUUAGAUGCUGUCGACCACUACCACUGCGUCAUCGGUCUCGUCAUCCUAGGCCUCCUCGUCCUCCAGCCCCUGAUGAAGUUGCACUGGUUUCACGAAAAGAUACCGAAGGUAGUUCAUUUUGUGCACAUCCAUCUCUGGCUCGGCCGUGCAUUGAUCCUUCUCGGCAUUGUCGAUGGCGGUCUCGGUUUCCAAUUCGCCGCCACUUUCAAAGGGCCCAAGUGGGCGAGCGGGUGGAAAAUUGCGUAUGGCGUGUGUGGGGCGCUUGUCUGGAUCAUUUACGUGAGCGUCGUGAUUGUGUGGGUGGAGCUGAAGAAGCCUGAUGCGAGCGUGCGGAUCGCUGAUAGCGAGGAGAUGGCAGCAUUGAGUCAAUCCAAAGGAACUGGGGACAGGUCCAAUACGGCGGACACAGUGACGAGUACUGUGCACGAUGUCGAGCUUGGUCAGGCUGUACUGGUUGAGCCGGUGAGACCUGCUCGACCUGGUGUGUUGUGA